CAAACAAAUCGCUCAAGAAGCAAGACAAGCAAGACAAGCAAGCAAAAGACGAAGACCGUUUCACAGCGAAGAUGAUGACCGGUGGUGGUGGUGGUGGAGACGGGAGGAAGAAGGAUGGUGGUGCACUGGCAGCCGCUGUGUUUGGGGACGCACCAAGACAGCCCAGCACCGACAUCCACUCCUCCUGGAAGACCGAGACGUCGUUGGAGGAUGCAAACACUCAAACACCUGCGAUCAUCACAAGUGACAACGCCGUUCAGAGCACAGAGAUGGUUGACUCUGAGAUCCAGACAGAGGACAUGGAUGAGCCUGACGACCGCUACCAGCCCAUCGCCGACGGCGACGAUGAUGCAGCGGCACCGAUCGCCUCGUUCCUGGAGCGCAUCGAGGCCGCCGUGUCGCGGCAGCUCGACCUCAACGCACGCAGCACCGCCUUUGAAGGCUUUGAGUUUGCAUCCCACGGGUUGCGCGAGAGCAAGAUCACGCACACCCUGAAGAACCUCGCGCUUUCCGCUGAGAUGCAGGCUGUGUCCGCCGCCUUCAACAGAACAGGCAGCGUCGUUGCUGUCGCAUAUGGCCUCGCCGACAAGCAGGAGUGGUGGACAGCCACCUCCCAUAUCUGCACCUGGAACCUGGACGGCAUCCGAUGUAAUCCAAACAAACCAGACAAAGCAAUGGAGCUCGAGUCGUGCGCAACGUGCCUAUCCUACCACACAUCCGACAUUUCACUCCUGGCAGCUGGCAUGCUGAACGGCGAGGUGGUCGUGCUGGACACGAGCCAAGAUGAAGGCCAGGAGCUCGUGUGCGUCUCCCCCUUUGUUGCCGAUUCACACAGCGAACCCGUCGCAGACAUUGCGUGGCUCAGACACCACGGUGACAAGUCAGAGCUGGUGACCGUGUCUGGUGACGGCAGCAUCAUUCUCUGGCUCUACAACCACAUGGGAUCCCUCUCCCUCGCAAAACGGGUGUGCGUGAAUGUGCUUGACAUCCCCGCGUAUCUUCGCCCAUCAGAUGCCGGCGCACAGCAAGUCGAGCUUGGAGUGACCUGUGUUGCGGGGAAGAGUGCAGUGCAAGGGCGCCAGUUGUACUUGGGCACGGAAACAGGAUGUGUCUGCCGCGUGCCAGUGACCUCAGCGCGAGCACCAGUUGUUGGCAACGCGACGGAUUUUGCGUACCGCCCACACCUCGGCCCCGUGCACGCAAUUGCACACUCGCCGCACCUGGACAACGUCUUUGCAACGUGCGGCACAGACGGCAAGAUACACAUCUACCACCAGCUGCAGUCGCAUCCGCUUGUGACGCUUGAUCCACAGCGGGCUGCGCUGCUGUCGGUCGUGUUCCACCCGUCGCGCCCCGCCGUCAUCAUGGCUGCUGCUGCAGACGGCGCUCUCGUCGCAUAUGACCUCCUCAAAUCAACAACACAGCCGACAGACGUUCUUGAUGGCGGCAAGGACGACGACAACACAUCCCCCCCUGCCAUUCGCAAACUCGCCAUUAACGCAAGGAGGCCCGGCACGCUGGCUGCUGCGUGCGAUGAUGGGAGUGUAAAAGUGUGGGCGCUUGGCGCACACUUGCGAGAAACCGUGCCGGGGGAGCAGCAUCGCAUGGUACAGUGGGUGGCCGACCUCUUCUCCAACGCGUGAUGACGGGAUGACACAUGAAAUGAACACUUGUAUUGAUUGCAGUGAAACUGUGCAACA